UUAUUGUCGUUGUACAUCGCUACCUAUGCCUGUGACUGAUACGUUAUAAUUUUUUUGGGAGUUAAAAAUGUUUUGCAAUAAGCUGUGUUAAUUUGCACAAAAAUACUAAGUUAUACUAUUUGUGUUAUUGUUACAGACUAAAUUAAUUCUGGUUGGCGUUAGAAGAAAGGCGGGUGGUUAUGCUCGAAGAAUGCCGUCGACCUCGCGGUCGCGGGGCUCAGGCCGCGGGCCCGACGGCGCGCCACGGACGCAGGUCAUAGCGCCCAUGUCGGAGCGGCAGCAGUUGGCUCUUGUGAUGCAAAUAUCAUCACAAGAUGCCCCUCCAGCCGCUCCGACCCCUGCUGAAGAACGUAAACGGAGUAGACAACAGCGAAAUGAACGUGGCGAAACUCCUCUGCAUGUAGCAGCCAUCAGAGGAGAUCAUGAACAAGUAAAAAAACUUAUUGACCAAGGACAAGACCCCGAUGUCACAGAUUUCGCUGGUUGGACCCCAUUACACGAAGCAUGUAGUUAUGGUUGGUUACAAGUAGUAAUGGUUCUUGUAAAUGGUGGUGCUAAUGUGAAUGCAAAGGGAUUAGAUGAUGACACUCCACUCCAUGACGCUGCUACAUCGGGGAACCUGAAGAUGGUCAAGUUUCUUAUAGAGCAUGGUGCCGAACCAUUUGUUAAGAAUACAAAAGGAAAAGCACCAUUAGACUAUGCAGCCCCACAUAUUUAUGAAUAUUUGCAGUCACUGAAAGAUAAUAAUACAAGAGCUGCACAUAUCGGAAGGACAAGGGAUGACAGCAACAAAAAAAGUGGCAAUGCAAGUACAAACAGUGAAGGCAGUAAAAGAACCAACAUGGAGAGCCUAGCACAGGGAGAAUUUGAGGGCAAGGAGGCCGCCGCACAAGAGAAAGGGAGCAGUGCGGAAAACAAAGAAGAAUGCGCACAGUUGAGUAGUGGCGUGGUGUCAUCCACACAGGAUGACACCAAUGUGACGAAGAAGUGUUAUGAUGAAGAGGAAUCAUCAGAGGAUGACGUUUCUAAGCGGAAAAAGAGGAAAGAGAAUGAUGACAAGGAACCUAUGGCGAAGCCCCCUCCAGUCGCUAGAUCUGGUCCUGGCCGCAAGCCCCCAGGACCGGCGAGUAAGACGGGCGCGUCGCCGCUCAACAAGGGCGGAGCCUCGCCAAACGUUAACAAGGCAGCAGCCUCGUCUUCCACCGGCAAACUGCAGGGCACGGGCAAAGGAGCACAAGGAACCAAAGUAAAUGUUCAAAGUACACAGAACAAAUCGGGCUCCGGAAAGGGGGCAGGCUCACAAGCCAUCAAGCAAGAAAGGCGGAGUCCAGUGCCCAGUCCGAAGUCUUCACAGGGAAAAGAUGAAGAGUCUGAAGACCAGAAGCCACCGGAGACCACAGCACCGAAGGUUCCACCGUUGAAGAUUGUUAUACCAGGGGGUGCGGGUGGCUCUGGCAGUCGAAAUGAACAAGAAGAAGGUGGGACAGGGCAACGCGGUGGUGGAAAAGGUCGCGGCAAUGCAUCCACAUUGCCGUACGUGAUCCCGUGCACGAGCGCAGACACGGGACAAACAUCUGAUAGCUCAGAUGGCAACUGUGACGACAAGCGCCUGGGGGAGGGGGGCAAGGGCGGGCAAAGAGUUCUGCGUUCGCAUAGAACGAAUGACGGCGAGAAAGAUAAAGAGCGAACUUCGCCUCAAACUGGCUCUGAGAACCGAUCAGGAUCUAACCAAGCUUUGAGUUCAAAUAAAAGUCCUCCUCCCAGCUCAGUAAGUAGUAAUUCAAUGUUUAGAGCUAGACGCAACAAGAACGCGAAGAGACGGAGAAGUCGGUUACACGAUGAUGGCCACAGUAAAUCAAAUGCUAAGAGUUUUCAGGGUCAGGACGAUCAUGCUCCGUCUACGUCAUCUGCUGGCACAGACGGACCAGGAAGCAGAGGCCGGCGCUAUCAUUCUCCCUUAAAGUCUCCCAAGAGCACACGACAAUCUUCCGCUCCGGGGCCUUCCGUGGAGUUGCAUCCAAGGAAGCGGAAGAUCAAAGCGUCCAGGGAGAGCCACUCGCGGGAGCCAUCGAAGAGCGAGCAUUCGGAAAACUCUAUCGUUACGCAUAAUGUCACGCACUCCAACCCUUACCAGAUGUACAUACACAAGAGGAAACAGAUCGAGCGAAGACAGAAAACCUUGUUUCCAGUCAAGCCAAAGCCACCGAAAGAUUUCAAUAAGUACCUAAUGAAUCGAUGUACGUACACGCUACAGAACAACGUGAAUCCUGAGCCGCAAGUGGAUAUACCCAUUAACCUACCACAACAAAUGGUUAAAGAGUUUAUGUCUCAGGAGAGAGAAAGAACGAGGUUGCGGAUACAACAUCAAGUGGAGAAGGAGAAACUGGUGCUUGCUGUGGAACAAGAGAUAUUGAGGGUGCACGGGCGCGCCGAACGCGCUGUGGCUAAUCAGGCCCUCCCGUUCUCCGUGUGCACGAUCCUCCGCGACAAGGAGGUGUACAACGUGCUCGCGCCGGAGCAGGAGGAGAAGCGCAACGCGCAGCGCUCCCGCUGCAACGGCCGCCAGAUCAACUCGUGGCUGCAGGAGGUGGACGACAAGUGGGAGAAGAUCAAGGAAGGCAUGUUACGGCGUCAACAUACGGAGGCGGAGACGCUGCACGCGGUCCAGAUGAUGGGCUGGGAGUGGAAGCUGAAGGAGCUGGGGCUGUGCGACCACAAGAACACGCCCAAGAUAGACCCGGCGCAUGUACCACAAAUACAUGUGUCAAAUUUUGAUUUGCCCGCUUGAGUUUUAAGUUCAUAUUGCCUGAGUUCAUGUAAGGCUAGCACGUUCGCGUGCCGGCAUAAAUACUCUAAAUUUUCCAUUUCAAAGAUCUACCAUUUUUAUAACACCAAUUGGUAAUACGAAUCAAGCGGAGCUACAAAAUUGAAUUUUAUAUAAAUUCGAUAUUUCUCGACCGUCGUCGAGCCUUUCUUAGGACUCUCCUGCGAUUUUAUUUCGGUGACGGGUGACUUGAAUCCUUUUCGUUUUUUAACAUCUUCAUCAUAUCGAGUCAUGCGUUACCGAGAUGAAUCACACUCUAAAUUUAAUUUUUAUUGGUCUGAUCAUAAGAAUCAGACUUGAAAGCCCUUCGGUCCUCGGGACCACGUCUUAAAUCGCAUUUCUUCUGCGAUAAACUCCAUCAACAUCUUUUUAUAAGUUUGUUUAUUGUUUGAAUAAUUUUAACUUUUUUUAAUAAAUAUCAUGUAUUUUCUACACGUAUUAUUUAACAUUUUAUCCAUUCGAUUCAGUAUAUUUUAUUUACAAGUUUUGUAUUGAUUUCUAAUGAGUUCAGAAAUAUAAUUUAGCUGUAUAUAUAAAAAGAAAAAUAUUUUGAAAAUAAAAAGAUGAUAAACUAGGAUAAAAUUUUGUAAAAAUUUUGUUUUAAUUACGCUACUUCAUUUUUCAUCAGUGAGGCUAGAGUAUCUUUUAUUUAAUUGUUGUGUAGCAUGUUUGUUUGAUUUAUUUAAAUUUUAACUUCACAUUGAAGCGUAAUAUUUAUACAGACUUAUGUAGGAUCUCUCCAUUACAUCAUAUUAUCAUACAAUAUGAUUUAGUUUAUAAAUAAACUUAUUUUCUCGUAAAAUACUGCAAAAGUCCUAAUAGCUGAUACCAGAGUUUUUUUUGCGAGAUUUGUAUUUUAAUCCAUAUUCCCAUAAUUACAAUUUCUACAUGUAGUUAAUAAAUAUGUAUUGUAAUAACUUAUGAUAGUUCUAUAUAUAUUUAACAGUAAUGAUUCAUUGUCGGCAUUCACUUGAGAGUAUUUAUUUUGUUUAAUUUUAAUACUUGUAAUUUUAGAUAUUUUUUUAUUUAUUAUAAUAACCAUAAUAACAGAGUCGUCAAUAAUAUUUUUGUGCAUUUUAAUUUAAAAAUUUUAUGUAAACAAAAAACUCCGAAUGCAUGUUUUGAAACAUAUUAUGCAUGUAAUCUAUCUUAUGAACAGUUCAAAAUGCUGUGAAUUUAAAAUAUGUACGUUUAUUUGGAAAGGACAUAAUUACUCUCAAUAAUGUCGAUUUAUUUGAUCUGUAUUAUUAUAAUUUUAAUUAAUUUAAGUAUAAAUAUACUUUCUCUGUGAUUUUUAUAUUUUUAAGCAAUCAUGAAAUAUUUUACAAUUAAAUGGGUUUGUAAUAAGAGUUCAUUUCAACUUUUAUUAAAAUAAUAUGAAACUUA